AUGCCAAAAGGUCUCCGGCGAAAAGGAGCAGCCCAGCGGAGCAACUUCCCUUCGACGAGCGCGAGCAAGAAUACCUCCUGCAGGAGGAAGACAAAGACUGGCACAGGUUCUGUGUAUACGGAGUCUACGGAGACUGUUUAUGACUUGAGCGUUUAUAAACAGCUGCAUCGGCUUACCUUGGAGUGGCCCUGUCUCUCUUUCGACUGGUGCCGCGUCCCCGAAAACUUCAAGGACGACGGUGAACUAUGGCUCCUGCUAGGCUCGCAGGCACGCUUUGCAGACGCGAAUGCUCUUUAUCUCUUGCACUUGAGUGGACUAGCUUUAACCGCAAGCGACGGAUCGAGCAGCAGUUCUGGCAGUGAUUCUGAAACAGAAAGUGAAAUCGUAGUUGACUCGAGUGAUCUCGAGAGAGCGGAUGACCGAUCCACAAGGAGGCGACGACCGAAAAUCAGCGCUGUAAGGAUACCACGUGGUGAGUGCACGAAUAGGGUCCGCUGCCUGCCGCAGGCGCCACACGUUGCAGCCUGUUGGGGGGAGUCUUCCGGGGUGUCAAUUUUCAACCUUGCCGAUGCUCUCACCGCGCUACCUCCACAAGCGGCGGAUACGGUCCCAUUCCGCGAAGCCUUACCAACUGAACCCGUCUUUCGGUUGCUGGAUAGAAGUGGCCAGGAGGGUUUCGCCCUGGAUUGGUCGACGCUCCAAGUCGGUAUGCUAGCUGUCGGUGAUAUAUAUGGUCAGCUCGCUAUCAUCCAAAGCAACGAAUCGGGCUGGGCAAUUUUGCAACCGAACGGUGACAGGAUGCUUAGAUUACAUGGUGCUUCAAUCGAAGAUCUUCAGUGGAGUCCAACGGAGCCGUCUCUAAUUGCAUCCUGUUCAUGCGAUCGUUCCAUUAAAGUGCUCGAUCUUCGGGCCGCGAAUCGUCCCGCUAUAGAACUGACGGAAGCCCAUCCCUGUGAUGUCAACGCCAUCGCAUGGAACCGCCGCUAUCCAAAGCAAAUCAUAUCAGGGGACGACCAAGGGCAGAUUCACGUGUGGGACCUGCGGAUGAGCGGCAGUAUCGAAGGUUCGACGCCUGUGGCGAGCCUCUCAUACCAUAAGGAUCCGAUCUAUUCCCUCGAGUGGAACAGAAUCGAGCCUUCGAUGUUCUGUGCGACAUGUGGCGACGGCUCCGUUAGCAUCUGGGACUUGUCGCUUGAACCACUAUUUGAGGAAGACCCGGCAAGACUAGACCGGAAGUGUGACGGGUUGGCAUCGUCUGACUCUGUAGAUGACAUUCCAGCGCAGCUACUAUUUCUGCACGAGGGUUUGAAAUCCGCGAAAGAGGCACAUUGGAUUGAAACAUCCUCCCAGAUGGACUGCUUGGCGGCGCUGGGGCAGGUUGGCCUUCAUAUUCUUCUUCCCUCGAAUAUCUAUGCCGAAAACUCAUAG